AUGCGGGAGAUGAUGGGCUACUUCGAUAAGUCGGAACAGCGCCAGGAGGCAUUCGUCAUGUUCUUCAGCCGAAUAACCGACAUGCACAAUCUGAAGUUGUGCAGCGUGCGCUUUGGCGAGGAUGAGGAGGUUAACAACUUGCGCUACCGCCUGGGGCAGGCCGUCUUCUUCCCUUACUUUCAGCCGGAGAACGCCAAGUUUGAACUUGACCUGACCUUCCACGACCAUCGAUUGUGUGUGAACAUGCUGGUUGGGCUCGCAGCAAGAGAGAAGUUUGGCAACAUCAGGGACGCUGUGUGGAUUAAGCCGGAUGGGAGUCAAGACGAUUUCCCGAUGGGCAUUCCGCGCAGCUGGGAAGGGUUAUCUCCCACUGAAGGCCGCUUCCACUGUCGCUACGUGUGUUCGGCGGACGAUCGGAACUUCCAGUACCGGAGAAGCCUCGCGGCCAAGUUCGGCUACAACCCGAGGGACGUCCGCGAGUCAGAGAUGAACUGGCUGACAGGGCUUAACGAGCCACCAGAGGACGUAUUGGAUCUCCUCGAGUUCUUGAUCAGCCGGGUCGACAGUAUGCAGGCCGCCUUCAAUGCAAUCGACGGCGGCGAACCCGGGUCGGUGUCCAACUCUGAGUUGACACUUCGGGAGCUCGAGAUGGGCCUGAAGUCCAUGGGCUGCCAGAAAUUUGCGGGACCGGACGAGUCCGCACGGAUAGAGAAAGUCUUCCGCUACCUGGAUCCCGGCGGUGAGGGAACCGUUUCCAUGCAGGAGUGGAUGGUGCUCGAUCAGCUCUGGAGGGAAUUUGAUCUAACGAUCCGCGAGUUCGUCCAAUUCCUCCAGUACGCGUUCGGAGAGAACCUGCAGGAUGCGUGGGAAGCGUUGGAUGACGACGGCAGUGGCGAGCUGACAGAGCAAGAGUUCGAUGAGGCUCUGAAGAAGAAAGGCUACUUCGGGCCAGUGCGCGUUGUCUUUGCGCUGCUGGACAACACGGAUGACGGGAACAUUUCCUUCGACGAGUUCAGCGUCCUUGAAGACUACAAGCCUUGA